AUGGACCAACCAACCCAUAUUUUCGAUCCAGACGGCGAAGUGAUUAUAACUCUGCAAGGUCCAGCCCAUACAUUUGCACCCUGGAAUGCUGAUGGCAAGACACCUGCCAAAGAAGGAUCUGUGGAAGGAGCACCGGUCGAAGAAGCGCCUGCUGGUGUUAUACUCGACGACCAACACGAAGAGGAACAUGUGAAAGAGCAAAGUUAUCGCAUCCAAGCGUCCGCAAAACACUUGAUAUUUGCGUCGCCCGUAUUUAAGAAAGCCCUUACUGGACGUUGGAAUGAAGGAUUCCAAUUGUUCAAGACUGGUGUAGUACAGAUCACUACCAGUGGUUGGGACCUUGACGCUUACUUGAUUUUAAUGAACAUUAUCCACUCUCAACUCCAUGAACUACCGCGAGAAUUAAGUUUGGACUUGCUUGCGAAAGUCGCUGUUUUAGCAGACUACUAUGAGUGUCAAACUUUGGUUCAAUACUUCGCAGAAAGGUGGAUUGAACAUUUGAAAGUUAAUCUGCCCACGACAUAUUCCCGCGAUACAGUGCUCUGGAUAUGGGUAUCAUGGAUCUUCCGCCAAUCAACUGAGUUUCAGAAAACUACGUUUAUCGCAAUUUCGCAAGGUAGCGAUACUAUAACAAACCUUGGGCUGCCAAUUCCAGAAACAGUAUUGUAUAAGGUGAACAGCCACCGAACCAAUGCAAUCUUAACUAUAAUCUCCACACUCAACAAACUACGCGAUGACCUCUUAAAUGGAAUUCACGGGUGUUCCUUUGAGUGUAGUUCGAUCAUGCUUGGAGCCCUGACGAAGCACAUGCAUGCAAAUGCUCUACUCUCCCCAGAGCCUCGGUAUCCUUAUAAAGGUCUGAAUUACAAUGGGUUGCUGGAGACAGUGCGUAACUUUAAGUCACCGUUGUUGUAUACCAUCCAAGGCUAUUCAGGUUACGGUAAUCAACACAAGUGUCGGGCUUCAUCCUUUUCUUCUCUCAUCAUCAUACAAGAAGAUACAGUGCAAGCAUUGAGUUUGUCUUCACAUGCGCUUCAGCUAUCGCCGUAA